AGCAACCGCAUCAUUCGUAUUCGCAUAGAAACCGCAUCAUUCGUACUCGAACAAACCGCAUCGUACGACAGAUGCGAGUAACGAAAUGAAUUUGUGAGUACCGAAUCGGUACUUCCAGUCAACCAAUGUACCCGUUACUCAGUAACGAAUACAUGCGGUUUGCUCCAGCUCUAGUAUCAUAAGUAUGAAGUAUUUUGCUGAUCUUAUACGUAAAGGAUAUAAAAACGCAGGAAACGUGCUGAAUAUGAAGAUGUAAUAUUCCUUAAAACUGAUUUCUUAAGAAUUGAAUGGAUUUUUAAUUUAAGAUAAAAUCUGAAAGUACAAGAAGAAAUUUGGCUGAAAUGCGGUUCAACGAGCGAAAUAAACUGAAAAUUUACAUGCGAUAACAGUAUACAGUUCUGUAAUUCUAGCACUCCGACGCGAUAUUUGUUGUUUAAAUUAUGAUGAGGCCUAGCUGUGGUAUUUAUUUUGGAGUGAAAUCAUAAUUCCAGAUGGAGCCUCAAAUAAGACGAGCUAUAAUAUUUAAAAAAAAUAUGACCUCUCUGACUGAAGCACAUUUUUGUGGAAUAAGUUCUCAAAGCAGUAUCUAUGGUUUAACAUUUCUCUUUACUGCAGAAAGUACUCACAAAGUGUUAGUUGCAUCAUCUAAGAGAAAAGUUUAUUGUAUUGAAUAUUCAAAGAAUCAACAAAAUAUAAUUUUUUCCAUUAGAGAAGUUCAUUUUACAUAUAUUCCAGGGCGUGCAGAAAUAAUUUCAAUUGAUGCUUUCAAUCAGGUUUGCCAUGUGCAUGAUUUUGUGGUUGGAAUAACUUUUACUAAGGUAAUUUUAAUUGAAGGAAUUUCACCCAUUACCAGCUUUCUGAUGUUAAUUUUCAAAUUUUCUGAUAAGAUUCAGUCUGAUAAUACUGCUAAGCAGAGUCAAUAUUUUAAUAUCUACUCUUAUUGGGAACCUAGUAAUGAAUGCGAUUUAGAUAAGAUUGCUCAGAGUUGUUUACACUUUUGUCUCGACUUCAUACCAUUUCAUCUCACUCAUACAGAACCCUUCAUAAAAGGAUCAAAAGAAAUGGUAUGGCUUUUAAGUGGAAGUGACUGUAAAAUUCAUAUGUAUAGAGAAGAUAAAACUCGACAAACAUAUAGCGAAGAACCAAGUGAUGUUUGUUUCCCAGAAUUUGAAGAUCUGACAUCAGUAGUUAUGUGGAUGGAUUUUAUAACUACAACUGAAACAAGAUUGACAGCUUUUGGUUGCAAAGAUGGUUCUGUGAUAGUAACUUAUCUAAAUCUUAUGCCAGAAGUCAGAAUCCAGUCAUCAUGGAAAAUUCAACAUGAUGGCCCAAUAUCGUUUGCAAAGCUUUUUCAAGAUUCAGUCAACUCUUCAUCUCAAGGAGGUGAUAUGAACAUGGAUUCUGUAAAUUUAUUUGUUGGAAACACUUUGGAAGUAUCUGUUGUGUACAGAGAUAUUUUGAAAAAUGGCCUGGAUUUAUCAUCACAGUACUUUUUGCCUAACAGUAAUAAAUAUGACUGUGCUACAUGUGGUUUGAUUGCGGAUAUUGAUAUGGAUGGGAAGAAUGACUUAUUGUUAGGCACAUAUGGUCAACAACUGCUAGUUUAUAAAUGGAAGGAAGGUACAAAGGACAAAAAAGGGUCUUAUACUUUAUUUCACCAACAACUAUUUCCUAAUCCAUUGUUAGCAAUGAAUUACGUCGAUAUAACUGGAGAUGGCCUGAAAGAAUUACUUAUUCUUACUACAAAAGGCCUUCAUAUUUUACAGCAUGAUUUGGAGAAAGCUACAGAAUUAUGUAUUCAGAGGAUGAAGUGUCUUUUACAGAACCUAUUAAAUGAAGAAUUAGAGAAAAUCCUAACUGAAGAUUCUUGAAUGAAUUACACAAACAGUAUUUUGAAGCAUUCCCCUAUGAUGAGAAUGAUAAGAUCAGUAAUACACAAGGAAUAUAAUUUAAACAUGUGAACACAAAAAUAAUAUAUCUCAGUUCUUUAUACUUUUUUUACAUAACUGUAAUAUAUUUUUUGAUAUUUUACAGUAAUUUUAUUGAAGCUUAUAUAAACUGUGAUAUGAUUUUCUUUUUGAAAUAAAUGUUUCUUUUUUUAAACUUUAAAA